AUGAAAACCCUAGAGGAUCAGGCCGAGGUCGCUAUCAAAGCUAAGGACGAUGCCAAAGAAAAGGUUGGUGCUGCUGAGGCGAUAAACAAAGUCCUUCAAGCCCAGCUGAAAGAGGCCGAGCACAAGAUGGCCGAGGCCCAAAAGGAGCUUCAAGAUGCCCUGGCCACCAAAGAGGCCGAAGUCAAGGCCGCCGACAAGAAGGCAUAUGCUGAGGGGGUGGCCAACGUUACAGCAGACUACGAAAAGCAGGUGGAUCAGAAUAUCAAUGAUUUUGAUGAUGAGAGUAACGAUGAGCUUGAAUUAUACGUAGUGUUGCAAGCUGUAAUGCAAGAACUACAUGCCUUAUGCACCGUAGCUUUUGUUGUCAUUGAGGUUGUCUUGAAAAGGUUUGGAGAGACUGUUAGUCGGUAUUUCAAUGAUGUCUUAAAGGCUGUGUUGCGUCUGCAAGCCAAUUUACUCGUCACACCAAAUCUUAUAACUGAAGCAAGCACCGAUCCAAGGUGGAAUUGCUUCCAGGAUUGUCUUGGAGCACUCGAUGGCACCUAUAUUAAAGUUCGUGUACCUGUGGUUCAUCAAGCAAGGUAUAGGACAAGAAAAGGAGAGAUUGCUACUAAUAUUUUGGGAGUUUGCUCCCAAGACAUGAAUUUCAUAUAUGUGUUGCCGGGGUGGGAAGGGUUAGCGGCCGACUCUAGGGUUUUGAGAGAUGCAAUCAAUCGACCCAAUGGCUUAAGGACCCCAAAUGGUUACUAUUACCUAGUGGAUGCGAGGUAUACGAUUGGGAAAGGAUUCUUAGCACCUUAUUGUGGUCAGCGAUACCAUUUGUUUGUUUGGAGAGAAGGAGCAACGCCAAAUAAUUACCAAGAAUAUUUCAACAUGAAACAUGCAUCAACCAGGAAUAUCAUAGAAAGGUCUUUUGGAAUGUUGAAAAUGAGAUGGGCUAUACUUCGUAGUGCAUCAUACUAUCCCAUUAGAACCCAAAAUCGAAUUAUCACAGCAUGUUGCUUGUUACACAACUUCAUUCGACGAGAGAUGGUAGUUGAACCUCUAGAGGAUGAUCCAGACUUAGUGGAUGCCUUAGAAAAUCAACCCCCAAUGGAAGAUGAUUUUAUUGAGACUGUUGAGACAUCUAACGAGUGGACUGAGUGGCGGGAUACAUUUGCAAUGUAA